AUGAAUGCCUUAAAUUUCUGCGGGGGAUCCGACAGUGGCAACGGAGUCUAUCCUCUGCAUAGCGUCAACUCCGUCCUUUUCGACCUCCAUCACCAGAUGGCAGACCAGUACCCAGUUUAUCCAUCGGCCAAUCCCUCAACGGUUCACACGUUCUCUGUUGCUGAAAGACUUGCAGGUAUUUAGAAUGGACUACUGUCAUUUAUGACUGUGUCUGUAAUCGAUACAUGCAAUCAAACGAAUGCAGGUGGCAAAAAUGUUCUAAUUAUAAUUUGGCGUUAAAAGACCUGCUUUCACAUCUGAAAAAGUUGUUGAAACUGAUAAUUGUCAUGCUGGUAUUUUCAUGUGUAGCCUGAUAUCUCACAUGCCAUCCGACUGUUUCACCACCUCUAAUCUUGUUGUGGCUUGUCUUCUGUCCCCACAGAGUUGAUACUGGAGGCCCGUUAUGGGAACCAGCAGAAGCAGCGUCGGAGCCGCACAGCCUUCACUGUGUCUCAGUUACAGGCUCUAGAGAAAGCCUUCCAGCAGACCCAGUACCCUGAUGUAGGUAUGAGAGAGAGACUGGCUGUCUGCAUCAAUCUGCCUGAGGCACGCAUUCAGGUCAGUAAAGGUCGCUCUUCAAAGAGGACCAGCCUGUGUGCAUGCUUUCAUUCAUAAUAUUUAUUUGAACUGCUGCUUUUAGUAACUUUAUUCUUGUGAUAUAUAUAACAGCUGUGGUGCUAUUACCUUUUUAAACUUUUGAUCAAUAUUAUCGUUAUAAACACUUCAACCCUUCACCAAUAAUAAAAUAAUAUGCUGCUCCAGGUGUGGUUUAAGAACAGAAGAGCAAAGUUCCGUAAGGGACAGCGAUGCUCCCCCAUUCCCAGAGAGCAAAGCCUGGAGGAAGCACAUCAAACCAAGGCAGGAGGGGAAAAGAGGAGUUCCAAGGACUCCAAAACACAAAGCGAAAUAGCUCCUCUCUGGGAAGUCAGUGAUGCUCCCACCAUUUCUUGUCCUGGAGACUCCAUUGUAUCUCAGACCCACUCAAUAUUACAUUCUCCUCCCGUUUUUCCCUUUGUGGGUGGAGAGCGGUACCACCUUCCACAUCAUCAGGCUUUAGGGAUGCUGUCAGCUGGCCUACAUUUCACCCCCACAUUCUGGCCCAUUCUACAGCAACACAGCCCGGCUUUAGGAGUUGCCCCACCAGUUGGUAAAAACUGCAGCCUUUCCCUUCAGACUUCCUGUCUCAGUAAAGCUGUACCCCACUCCAACCUGGGUCUAUAA